UUAUUCUCAUCACUCUCAACCUUUCCCAAGAGCCUGAUCCUUUGCAAACACUGCAACUAUCUCUUCCGUUCCAAACUCACCCCGUCUUCGGCACCCUCUUUCAUCUUUUCCAACAUCAGACUCUUCCUCUUUUUUAUCCCAUUUUUCUCUUGUUAAAUCCUCUAGUUCCUGUUUGCUCAAACAAAAGAAGAAGAAGUAAAGCUAAGUCUAAGAGAACUUGUUCUACGCAAUGGAAGUCCUGUCUAAGGUAGGAGAUGCGCUGUUAUCUGCUGCUUUCCAGUGGCUGUUCCAGAAGUUGGAUGAAAGUAUUAAAUCCCACCACUCUCAACAAGAAGAGGUCCUUGCUGAGCUGCAAGGGUGGAAAUCGUAUGAUCCACAAAUCCGUGCUCUACUCAAAGAUGCUGAAGAGAAGCAGAUAACUGACAGCUCUGUGAAGAUAUGGCUUGAUGAUCUCAAGGACCUGGCUUAUGAUAUGGAGGACAUUCUUGAUGGAUUCCAGGCCGAUGUGCAGAGGAGAAACUUGACAACAAAACCUCACCAAACCAGCACAAGCAAAGUCACCCUCAAAUGCCUUCCUUCUUUCAAGCACAAUGAUUCAGCAUGUGACUCUGUCACCAUUUCAAAAGUGAGGGUGAUUGCUCAGAGAUUGAAAAGCAUGGUAGAUCGCUCAAGGACCCUUAGCCUAGUGAGUUCCACAAUACAAGUAAGAGAGCGGACUGCUGGAGCAGCUGCAAGAACAGUACCCACCACUCCUCAACUUGAAUCUGAUGUUUAUGGUCGAGAAAAUGAUAAAGAGGCUAUUCUUAAAAAGUUGCUCAAUGACGAAUGCAGUUCUAGAGGUGAGGUAUUUUGCGUUCUUCCCAUUGUUGGAAUGGGAGGUGUUGGCAAGACCACCCUAGCUCGAUUGGUUUACAAGGAGGUGGAGCAAGGAAGAUUUAAUCCCCGAGCCUGGGUUUGUGUCUCUGAUCAAUUUGAUGUUAUGAGCAUCACAAGAAACAUUCUGGAGGAAUUAACAAAGGCAAGGUGUGAUUUGAACAGUUUGAAUUUGCUUCAAGAAAAGUUGAAAGGAGAGCUAUCUGGCAAGAAGUUUUUACUUGUACUGGACGAUGUUUGGAAUGAGAAGGGCAAUCUAUGGGAUAACUUAAAAGUCCCUUUCAAAUCAGGAGCACCAGGAAGCAAAAUAAUAGUGACAACUCGUAACAUGGGUGUUGCACAAAUGAUGGGUGGGAAGAAUAGUGUUCACUGCCUAGGAGUGCUAGAGGAUGAUAGAUGCUUGUCAAUAUUAGCUCGAGAUGCACUAGGAGUGGAGAACUUUGAUGCACACCCAAAUUUGAAAAAUGUUGCUCAGGAAAUAGUUAAAAAAUGCAAAGGGCUUCCCUUGGUUGCAAAAAUUCUCGGGGGCCUCUUACGUGAUUCAGAAGACAUUGAUGAUUGGAAAUACGUAUUAAACAGUAAGAUAUGGAAUCUACAAGGAAUCCAAAGCAGCACUCUUCCAGCUGGUUUGAUGUUGAGCUACCAUCAUCUUCCUUCUCAUUUGAAGCAGUGUUUUGCGUAUUGUGCAAUGUUUCCUAAGGAUCACCAAUUUAAUAAAGAUGAGUUAAUCUUCUUGUGGAUGGCGGAUGGGCUUUUGAAACAACAAUCAGGAGACAAAAAUCAAAUGGAAGAUAUUGGUCAUCGAUGCUUCUCUGAGUUACUUUCAAGAGCUUUCUUUCAACACUCAAGCAAUGAUGCCUCGAGGUAUGUAAUGCAUGACCUCAUACAUGAUUUAGCUCAAUAUGUUGCUGUAGAAACAUGUUGCAAUCUUGAAAAUAUGUUGGAAGCAAAGAAAGAAGAAAAUGCUGAAAAGGUCCGCCAUUUGUCAUUUUAUUGUAGAUGGCUAGAUAUCUCUAAGAGAUUUGAAGUUUUGAAUAAAAUGAAGGGUUUGAGAUCAUUCAUUCCUAUUGUUCCAUCAUUAGGCAAAAACUAUCUUUCAAAUACAGUGGUGCAUGAUUGGUUAGUGAAGUUAACAUGCUUGAGGGCAUUGUCUCUUCAAAGUUAUAACAUAAGAAAGCUUCCGGAUUCAAUUGGAGAUUUGAAGUGUUUGCGAUACCUUAAUUUGUCUGAAACUGCCAUAGAGACCUUACCUGAAUCCAUAGGUUUCCUUCUGUCAUUACAGACAUUGUUGUUACAGAAUUGUUAUCAGUUCUCCAAAUUUCCUGCAACAAUUGGGAACUUGAAUGACCUUCAAUAUCUUGAUAUUACUAAUACCCAGUCUUUAAAAGCUAUGCCACAGGAAAUAGCUAAUCUCAAAAAUCUUUUGAUAUUUCCCAAAUUCAUAGUAGGGAAAACAGAAGGACUGAGAUUAAGUGAUGUGAAGAACUUGUUACAUCUUCGACGGUAUCUAUCUAUUCUAGAUCUACAAAAUGUUUCUAAUAAUUUAGAUGCCAGACGAUCCAAUUUACACAUGCUUGAAGCUCUAGAUGAGUUGGUGCUAGAAUGGACUUCUGAUUUUGAUGAUUCAAGAAAGGGAAGUGAUAUUGCAGAGGAAGUGCUCAGCUCCUUAAGACCUCAUCAAAAUUUGAAGAAGUUGACGAUUGGUUGCUAUGGUGGUAAGCAAUUUCCAUCCUGGAUUGGUGAUCAAUCUUUUUGCAAGUUGUCCUAUUUGAGGUUGUCUGGUUGUCGAAACAGCACUUUGUUGCCAUCAGUUGGGCAAUUACCUGCACUCACAGAGUUGAUUAUUGAAGACAUGAAUGCAAUUAAAACUGUUGAAUCUGAGUUUUAUGGGCGUGGUGGGCAUGGCGCUUUUACAUCUUUGCAGAUGCUUAAGUUUCACAACAUGUUAAACUGGGAGAAAUGGGCUUUUCUGACUGACACUGGAGUAGAAUUCUCGUGUUUGAAGGACCUUGAGAUUGCAAACUGUCCUAAGCUAACGGGCAAAUUACCCAGCCACCUUUCUUCUCUCAUUAAUCUUGUGAUAAAGGGAUGCCCAGAGUUAACAUGUUCAUCUUUAAGUCUUCCAUCUCUUAAAAAACUAUGCAUCGCAGGUUGCAACCAAUUACUUCUGGAGAGCAUGGUUAAUUUGACUUCGCUCACAAUGUUGGAAAUUUCAGAUAUUUUAGGACUUGGGAGUGCAACCGUUUGAUAGGACAUCCCUGUAUCUUGUAUUUGUAGUAGCUCCAUAUUGACUUCAUAGAUUUUAAAGUAAUAGGCUGUAGUGUUACCGUGCACUAUUAUUUUCAUUUGAGUUUCAUGGUGUAUUCAUAUUUGCUUCUGCAACAUGAAUGUUAUAGAUAAUGUUAUAGAUAACUUAUUGAAUUAUGUGGAACUCUGAACAACUGUUCCCCAGCAAUAAUUUCAAAAUUUAUCCUUAACACCAAUGUCUGGAAUUAUAAUUGCCUUUUUGAGUCUCACAGGAGAAAAGAAAAAAGUAUGGUCAUGUGAACUCAUAUUUUCUUGCUAAGAGUUUUUAAAACUCUGUUUGGAUGGAACUAUACUAGUAAUACAUUUCAAAGUUCACUUGUGGCUAACAUAUUGUAGGACUAGGAGGUCUAUGUGUAGGGUUUAUUUUAUUUUAGUUCAUAUGUGAUUUUCAUAAUGUGUUACUUACUGAUUGCUGCUCUCAAUUUACUAUGAGCAUUGUAUGUCAUUAUGAGCUAUUGAGCUGUCAUUAUAACUUGCCCAUUCUGCAUCACUUUCAUCACUUAAGGAGUCAGAGUCACGUCUUUAGCUAUCUUUUUAGUGCAGAUAUGACAAAAUCCCAAUUUUUUGCAAUAUUUGAGUUUGAAUGUCCUUGUGAGAUUGUUAUCUUUUUAUGUUGACUGUAUGCAUGUUUGUUUUUUCCGCAAUCAAAAUUUGCAGGCCUAGGUAUCUUGUGACAAAGCAAUAUAUCUAAUCCAGAGGCACUACAGAGGACUACAGAGGUCUCUUCUCUUACUGGUAAAAUUUAUGCACGAUUGUAGUUCAAUUUUAUGAUACUAUCUUGAUACCAUUUAUAGGCAAUGACAAUUUGGCUGUAGUUUGCAUCAUUUAAUGCUGGAUUUAGUAUCUUGAGAUAGAAGACAACACCAAGCUGAGGCACCAUGUUAUGUCAUCUUAUGAGCAGGUUAGCUAUAUAUAUAUUUCUUACUUAAUAGUUCCUUCU